CGUAUCUCCAUUACCACCAAAGUCGAGACUGCAGACGUCACACGACUCAGAAAGUACAUCUUAAAAUUAUUGCCACCGUUGGGGCUCAUAGCGCCUUACACAAGGAGUUUUCUCCGUUCCCGAAGGCCACAUUUGCCAAUGGCAGCGCUCAUACCACAAGAUCACCACUCACAACCAGUGUCUACGCCUUUGAUACGACCGUUGUCGAAUAAUGACACCCAGAACAGCCGAGUGACCUCCGAACAUCAGGCGAACUCGCUCUUUCACGAGCAACGAAUUGCUAGGAAACCUGUCCCGAUCGCGUAUCAGUGGACUGACGGACCACCGCUUCGAUCUGAUGGAACUUCACAGCAGGCAGAAGAACCACCAGUGAGCAGAAACGUUCAUUGGGUAACUCCUACAACAGCAGUGGGGCUUUUCCUGCUGGCAGUGGGCAUGGCUUUCGGACAUCACUUCUUCCUGAAGUCCCUGAACGACAAACCAGUCUCCAACCAGGCGUGGGUAAAUCGAUACUCACUUGCAAUGGCUUUCGUGGUCAAGUUUUCGGUAACUGCGACCAUCUCACUCGCAUAUGUACAAAGGCUCUGGUUUACACUGCACCGCACCGAGGACGCGGACGGCGUUACGAUCAGGGCAAUCGACGCCUUAUUCAACGCUCAAGAAUCAUUCCUUAGCCUGUUCGUCGUGGACUUGUGGAGAUCGGCCUUGCUCACCGCCUUGGUCGCGGUCGUCGUCUGGCUCAUGCCCUUGAUAGCUCUGGUCUCUCCAACGGCUCUGUCUGUGGGUCUACUGACACAGUCGUUCUCGAUGUCGAAAUGCGCCGUGCCGACGCUCGACAUGACUGAUCAGAACUGGCAAGACUAUGGUACAUCCCUGGCACUGUCUACGGUAACAUACACAGGUGUCACCUACACCCCCUCCAUGACUGCCCGAAGGAUAGUGACAGCUACAUACCAGGGUGGACAACAACUAGGCUGGACGUCACCAUGCGGCUCAAAUUGCACUUACAGUGUCAACUUUGUUGCACCAGCCCUGAGAUGUACCCGCACACCGGACAUUGACAGUCCCCAGGCCCCAUGGACCAUGUCGCAGCCUUCCUAUGCAGAUAAUGCUUCGUACUGGUUUUCCGGAUAUGGCAGCGGGUACAACUACAGUUUUGCGAAUGAACAGACCUUGUACGACCGUCUUUACUACGCUGGACUCAAUGAAAACACCAAUCAAUUAUGGGUCGGAGUCAGCAACGUUUUCGCGCAGCUUCUGUCGGAGAAUGAGUCUGUUCAGCAAGCUCUUGACGUCCAUGUUUAUUUCUGCGAUUUCAUGAACAGUUCCUACACUUUACGAGUGACUUACAGAGAUGGUCAACAGACCAAUGAUAUCCUGAAUGUCAGCCAUAUUAACAGCGUCGGCUUCUCGUCCUCCGCUUGGAACGGUCGAGGACCUACCGAUGCCGGCCCCAUUGGCCCAAACGGAGUUCAACAGAGCCUCACUCCAGCCGCCCUGGAUACUGCAGCGAUAUACCAGAUACUGAUAUCCACGAUCAAUGGUAGCAUUUUUCGAGAUCCAAGAGAGGUUCUCGUCGACCAGACAACCAUUGCUUUGGUGCCGACUCUGAUUAGUCAAUACAACGGAAGCAGUCCAUACGGCCAAGCUGAAUUGGCAAUCCCGCACCUGAAAAUUGGUCCUCUCAUCGAGGAGCUUUCUCACAAUAUCUCUAUCUCGCUGCUUUCUGAGCCGCGCCUCCAGAUCACCAAUAUUACCAAUACUUCCUGCGCAACCACCUCCUCAAGCACGGUGUGGAAAUACUCGCCUUUGCCGUUGAUAGUAGCAUAUUCCUCAGGCAUUGGACUCGCACUGCUCUGCCUAGCGAUUGGCGCUCACGCAAUGCUAUCUAGUGGCUGCGCACGAGAUAAGACCUUUUCGUCGAUUGUGCGUACAACUAGGUCUUCUGAGCUGAAUGUGAUAAGCUCAUACAAAGACGACGGAGCAUUACCGCUUUCCAAAAAGGCUGAGACAGUAAGAAUCCGGCUGUUGACUGAAGCUGGAGGCAGGGUAGCUUUUCGUCUGUGCAAGCCGGAAACCGAUGGUCCGUAACUUAAUCAAACACUGUGCGACCUUGCGAAUAAAGGCUCUGAUGGGGAAAGCUCACGAUCUGCAAGGACUAUGUACUUGAAAUGUUGUGGCUCUGUCAUCCGGAGGAGUCUCUUCACGCUGGAUGCCAAAUAUACACGCCAAAGCGCGCCUCACGGUUUUUCAAAACGUCUACGAUUUCUCUUUGUACCAGACUCAUCUUUCAGUUUCCAGCCUUCCUGGUAACGACGGGCAAGCUGUGGCAAAGGUAGUCAAGUAUGAUGAGUUGCCACGUAGUUGCGCAGCUGCCUUGGAGGGACUUCGAGCGGUCACUUUGGAUCCCAAGGACCGGA